UUUGGGGGGGGGGGGGGGGGGGAUUUUGUAAUAUAGCAUAAAAAAAUGCUGGAUGAAAACACCAGAUGCGAAUAAAAUUUCCUAAAUGCACAUAAAAAAAAACGUAUGCGCUCAACUGAGGCAGAAUAAUGUUUAAAAAUUUUUAUUCGAUAAGAAGUCAUAAACUACGAUUUCAACACAUUCACCAAAUAAAUUCCUCGAUACGCAAAAGGUCUUUACCUCAACAAAUCAUGUGAUUGGAUAAUUGGCUCAGAAAUACGUUUUUCUGUCAGAACUCGGACAGUGGGUCACAUAACUAUUCUAACUCUCACCUCGUUGUGAAUGUCUAUGUGCAUGGUGUCCUGUAAUGGACUGGUGUCUUAUCUGUGGUGUAUCCCUGUCUCAUGCCCAGUUUGGAACCAGGAUAAAGGUUGUUUUUUUUUUGGUUUGUUUGUUUGUUUUUACAAAAAUGAUGGAACUAAUAAAACUGGAAACUGAAUGAAUGAAUUGAGAGCUUGAACGCUUUUAGGAAAGCCGCCAUUCUGAACAACAACAACAAAAAAAAAACAAUAGAAACCAUGGCAGAAAUUCGAAUGGUUUUCACUACGAAUACCAUUACAAACCAUCAGCUAACCAUUAAAACCAUUACCAUUAUCGGUCCUUAAUGGUAUACACUAGAAAUAACAUUCCACCAACAGAAGACAACAAAUUACCAGUAGAGGCCCACAAGGACCAUUACAGUUUCCACUAAAACCAAUGCAAUUCCCAUUAUUAACCAUUACAAAUCCUAUGAGGAUUUCUAUUGUUGUUGUUGUUUUUGUUUGUUUUGUUUUGUUUUUCAGCAGGGCAAUUUGGAACACUGGAUUAAGCUUAGGGUUUGUGAACUUCUAUCAAGCUGAAAAUUCCUUUUCAUUCAUGAAUAAACAAAUUGUGAUUCGGACUGACACUGUUCCUGACACCUCCAUAACAUUAUAGAUAAGAAUUCUAGCAUUUUCUCCUCACGCGAGCACAAGCCCAGUGGAAACACCUCGUUUCUCAUUAAAUGGCGGUUAAUUGCAGACACCUGGUGUGAACACAUAGAACAUGUCCUGCUUUCAUUUACGACGGAGGAUGUUUCUUAACUCCGACGAAGCUAACGCAGUCAAGAAAGAAAAGAAAGGAAGAAAGAUGUUUCUCCAGCUACAAACUAGCGAGAAGUUUCUAGACCUGCAUUUGAGAACCGGUCUUCACGACUGGGACAUGAACGAGGAGAUUAACUUGACCACGACAACAGACCAGUUUUAUCAGGAUGAGAUGAGGAAUGAGCAGUAUUUGGCGCAGUGGCAUUACGCCAGAAUCUCAAGAAGAACUUUACCAGAAGAGCUUCAUCAACCAAACACUACUGACUGCAAAGAAUCUGUAACGCAGCCAAAUCUGUGGUUGAUGGUGAACCCUUGUUUGGCCUGUCCCAUCAAAUACCCUGUUAGAGACAAAAUGCCAUCGCUUCCAAAACUAACAAUAGACAGAUCUGCGUCAGGUCCUGCCCUGGAUGUGCCUGGACAAAACCUGCACCUGCUGUCGUUGUCUGAUGAAACCUGUCUGGAUGAAUCGCUGCGUGACACUUCUCUCUCAAGUGAAUAUCAGCUCACAGAUGACGCAUCCUCGGAGGACGUGGCAAUCUGCCGUAAGGUGAAAGGUACCCGGAGGGGUCGAGCCCCAAAGGGGCCGUCUUCACGCAGGCUAGGCCUGGCUCAAAGCAGGAGGCUGCAGAGAGUCCUGCAGGACAGCCACAACUUGAAGAGCGGUGCCUGGCCUCGCCCGCCAGUCAACUACUGCAUCCUCAUAGCCAUGGCGCUGAGCAGCAGUCGCUCUGGCAGUCUGAACGUACAGCAAAUCUACAACUUUGCCAGGGAGCACUUCCCUUUCUUCCUAACGGCACCCGAAGGCUGGAAAAACACCAUCCGCCACAACCUGUGUUUCAGCACCAGCUUCAGAAAGACACCGCAGCAGGUGACCGGCGACGGGAAGAGGAAGUCCUGCCUGUGGCACCUGACGCUGGAUGGUCGGAGAAGACUGAGGAACGAAAUCCACACGCUCACAGCAGACUCGUUCCGGAUGCUGAAGAGGAGCAUGAACUACCCAGGUCAGAUACUCAUACUGGCAUUGAGGUGGCAAGUGCUUUGAAUCUUUCAUUCUGGGUGUGUCUUUGUUUUGUUUUUCUCCUACUUUACAGAUAUGAUUCAAGCGCUGUUUGAGUUGUAAUCUGGCUCAGGAGCCUGGAGGGUUGAAAAGAAGAAUGAACUUGUGCACAUUUUUGCUUGUGGUCAUUGUAUGCACUAGAGCUUUUCUUGAACAUUUACGUAGUGUGUGCGUGUGUGUGAGUGAAUUUUUCUGAUUUGCUGUGUCACAUUUAUGCUUUAUAUAAAGUCUCUUGGUUUUUGUUUUUUUCUUUUCGUUUUGGAAAUAAAUAUACUAUUAUCUGCAUUCAUUUAGCGGAACGUUAUUGUUUAUUACUCACCACCUGCCUGCAGGGUCAGAAGAUUUAAUGAUGGAGAUUUAAAAUGAUAUAAACUUAUGGCAAAUAAUGGUGAAGAUUUAUUAUGCUGGAUCCCUGCACACGUUGCUAAGAAGUGACACCUGUACCCACAGAGAAAAUUGUAUAGUGGAUGCGUCACUUCUCGUCGAGUAUCAAUAUGGUAAGAGAGGCUGUUGAGGGAGCAGUUGUUUUAUAGAGUGAGGAACAGGAGCUAACUUGUUUAGCAGACAUUCCAACAUUAAAUGUAGCUCUUAAACAGAUUAAUAAUA